AUGGCUGUUCACUAUAAUGAAGAACGAGAUCAGCUUUCGUCCUUCUUUUCAAGUUCCAUCGGCAAUAUUCUUCUGGUUAGGAUUCAUCAAGUAAUCGGAAAAAGAUAUGUUCUUUCCCUCGACUCCAAAGAACAAUGGCUUUGGUGGCUCUAA